AAUAGGAAAAAAAAUUGGAAAGGGAAAAAUAUAUGCAAGUAUCAGUUGGCAGACUUGAACUCUGUUUGUUUCUUCUUGAGUCUGUAUGCGUUUUUGCCAAGACAUUUGAAUGUAUACAUUCUCGUCUGGUUAUUUUCUAUCACUAAAUCGUGAGUAAUUAGUAUUUUUAACAAUCAGCCUAGCAUCUGUAUUUGAUAUAACAAGUCGUUAACGAUUUGUAGGAUUAUCGGCAGAAGCAUACUUCAGCAAAGUAGGAAUACGUUACCUGUUGCUGGAAUAAAGAUUUGUAGAACUGGCUGUCUACAUGGAUGAUAAUAUACCACAACAUUGUCCAGGAACUGGGAGUGAAAAUGCAGGAAAAGCUGAAGCUUGUGCUGGGUGCCCCAAUCAAAAUAUUUGUGCUUCAUCUAAGCCUGCUGAACCUGAUCCUGAUACUGACAUAAUCAGAAAGAAUUUGUGUGAUAUUAAACAUAUUAUUCUUGUGCUCUCGGGAAAAGGAGGUGUUGGGAAAAGUACAUUUUCAUCGCUUCUAGCUCAAACUCUAGCUGCAGAUUUAACUAAAAAUGUUGGAGUUAUGGAUAUAGAUUUAUGUGGACCAUCAAUGCCCAGAAUUCUUGGUGUAGAAAAUGAACAGUGCCAGGAAAAAUUACUUCCUCUGAAGGCAUAUGAUCAAUUUAAAUACAUAUAAGGAGAAAAAUUGCUUUUUGAGCUUUAACUUGUGGAAAAAGAUUUUUAAUCCUUCUUUAAGAUUCAAUAGAUGUUGUAGAUGUUUUUUCUUGUAGCAAUAGCGGAUUAAAAAGCAUUGUUGUGUUUUUCUUCUCCGACA